CCCAGAGGUGAGGCGGUACGGGCCACUCCCCUGGGGUGAAACGGACGUCUCCGCUAGGCUCCUACAGCGGUCCGGCUCCCCCGCUCGCGGAGCUUUCAGGGGUAGCCCUGCCCAGUCCUCGCUCCCCCCCCUCGCCGGGCUCAGUGGUGGUGGCCGAGCUGAGUUCCGGUUCCUGUUGCUGCUGCUGCGGGCGGGCGGUGAGUCUGGAGCGGGCGCGCAGUUCGUGCUUUGGCCGGUGCUUCUCCCUCACCGCAUCUUGGGGUUGCUGCAGCUCGGGGGCCUGCGCUGCCCCUGGCUUCCCUUCUGGGCCGUGAUGCAGCCCGAGGGCGCCUCCAUCCCCCGCCGUCGCUAACCCCGGCCCCCACUCCAUGGCCGCCUCGGCGCCGCCCCCACCGGACAAGCUGGAGGGAGGUGGCGGCCCCGCACCGCCCCCUGCGCCGCCCAGCGCCGGGAGGAAGCAGGGCAAGGCCGGUCUGCAAAUGAAGAGCCCAGAAAAGAAACGAAGGAAGUCAAAUACUCAGGGCCCUGCGUACUCACAUCUGACGGAGUUUGCGCCACCCCCAACUCCUAUGGUGGAUCAUCUGGUUGCAUCCAACCCUUUUGAGGAUGACUUUGGAGUCCCUAAGGUGGGGGCUGCAGCUCCCCCUUUCCUUGGCAGUCCUGUGCCCUUUGGAGGCUUCCGCGUACAGGGCGGCAUGGCUGGCCAAGUACCCCCAGGCUAUGGCACUGGGGGUGGAGGGGGUCCCCAGCCUCUUCGUCGACAGCCCCCUCCUUUCCCUCCCAACCCUAUGGGCCCUGCUUUCAACAUGCCCCCACAGGGCCUUGGCUACCCACCCCCAGGCAAUAUGAACUUUCCCACCCAACCCUUCAACCAACCUCUUGGUCAAAACUUUAGCCCUCCUGGUGGGCAGAUGAUGACAGGCCCAGUGGGAGGAUUUGGCCCCAUGAUCUCACCCACCAUGGGACAACCUCCCAGAGGGGAGCUGGGUCCUCCUUCUCUCCCCCAGCGCUUUGCCCAGCCAGGUGCACCUUUUGGCCCCUCUCCUCUCCAGAGACCUGGUCAGGGGCUCCCUAGCCUGCCCCCUAACACAAGUCCCUUCCCCGGUCCAGACCCUGGCUUUCCUGGCCCUGGUGGUGAGGAUGGGGGAAAGCCCUUGAAUCCACCUGCUCCCACUGCUUUUCCCCAGGAGCCCCAUUCAGGCUCCCCAGCUGCUGCCGUUAAUGGGAAUCAACCCAGUUUUCCCCCAAACAGCAGCGGGCGGGGUGGGGGCACUCCAGAUGCUAACAGCCUGGCACCCCCUGGCAAGGCAGUUGGGGGCUCGGGGCCCCAGCCUCCUCCAGGCCUGGUGUAUCCUUGUGGUGCCUGUCGGAGUGAGGUGAAUGACGACCAGGAUGCUAUUCUGUGUGAGGCCUCCUGCCAGAAGUGGUUCCACCGUGAGUGCACGGGCAUGACUGAGAGUGCCUACGGGCUGCUGACCACUGAGGCUUCUGCUGUUUGGGCCUGUGAUCUCUGCCUCAAGACCAAGGAGAUUCAGUCUGUCUACAUCCGCGAGGGCAUGGGGCAGCUGGUGGCUGCCAAUGAUGGGUGACACUGGCAUGGUGGCUCAGGGAAGUGCACAUGUUCCUCCCUCCUCUUCCAGAGUGAUUGUUUCCAUGUCUGGCUCUUGGUUCUUGUUUCCGAUGGCUUCCCAUCCCCAUGGGGGCAGAAAAGGACCUGAGGUGGGCAGGCAGAAGAGGGCCUGGAUCGCCCACUUUUCUGGAAGCUUGCCUGUUGAGAUUUACAGAGGUCCAGAAAACCAAAGCCUUGCUGCACAGAGCCGUUUUUUGGUGGCUAUCCCUGGAGGCCUAGGGCUGUGGCUGCCAGAGAAAAGGGGCUGGAGGAGAAUUUGGAGGGCAGGGAUGUCCCCUUUGCAGAUCAUGGGUGCCCUCUAAUACCUGUGCCUAAUGCCUCUAUCUAGCCCCACAGCUCCAGCCUUAUUUUUUGGUGUCAAGGUUUUGGGCCAGAGGAGUUGGGGUCUUUUCCCAUCCCCACCGUAGUCUUUUCAUGGGCUCUGCGAGACGGCUUUAGGGCACAAAUGGGGAUUUUUCCCUCUUUCCAUCUUUCGCUGUGCCUCCUCUAAGACCUACCCAGCUCCUCUCAGAGAACCUGAUAGCUCGAAGAAGCUGGAGAGUUCUUGGCUAUGACAGUUUCUUGGUGAUUUGGGGCUUCAAGACAGUAGGUAAGAGAUGCUGUCAGGACAUAUCUCCCUCAUACCAAAGUCACUGGGCCUUUCUCAGCCUCUGUUGUUGCUUUUCUCCUAAUGACCGUGUUUUUGCCAAAAAGUGGGAUAUUUGGUCUGACGGACCAGGAUAUUUGAAGUUCGGACUAUCCCGGAAGUCUGGAUUGUAUGGUCAUACUACCCCCCCCCCCUUUUUCCAUCUGUUGCACAUUACCUUCUGCGCCUUUCUUCAAUUUUUGGCGCCCUAUGCCCCUGCCUCCCUGGCGUAACUGAAGGAAAGCUUGAAAAGGGGCAGAGCCCUUAUACCUCAUUUCCUCUCCUGAUAAUAGGGUCCAAGCGAGGCCCUGUCACAGCCUUGUGGGUGGGGGGAAGUGGCAGGAGCCUCAUUGCUAUGGUACUAAAAGGUAGAAGAACCUGGAUGUUCUCUGCUCUCCUCCUGUGUUAUUCUUUCCUCUCUUCUUGGGCCUAGUGAUCUAGCAGUUCUCAUUUCUCUCAGCCAAAGUCCUGCACUGGGCUUCAUUUGUUUUUUAUUUUGAAGCAUUGCCUGCCAGAGAGGGGCCCAGGGGGUGAGCGGGAACCCUCCCCUGCCCCCACAGCUGUUCUUUCUUAACUGCGUAUGUCCGCAUUCCUUGUUGGGGUGGGGAAGGGCCAGCAGGGUGUGUGGCUGUCUUGAGACUUUAGUUGUUCUUAAGCACAAGGUGUGGGGGACGCCCUUCUGUGGUCCCUUCCCCCCGCGUCUCUGGUCCCUAGCUCGAAGAGAGGAGACAAAGGGCAUAUUGCAGAACUCAUUUGCCCUGGAAGAGCCAGCAGCCUUGGAGGCUGGGAGAGCAGGCCUCUGGACUUCCCUCUUCCACUCUUCCCCACACUAAAACAACAGAGAUGACGGCUCCCUACCGUUCAACUUUGUGUUGUGUUUGUGUCUGCCCCUUUAUCUGUUGCUUUUGUGUUGUCUUCCCCGCCACCUUUUUGUAAAAUGGGGUCAGGGGGGUUGUCUUCGCUCACUGUGCUCCCUUUCCCUCCACUACUGCUUGGAAGAAAGUGGAGUGGCAGAGAUGUGGGAGAGUGUUUUGUACGGUUGGAUUAAUAAAAUGACUUGAAAAUCCAGACAA